AUGGGUUGUUCGGUAGCAAAAUCAUCAUAAAAAGACUCUACCAAAUAGCAAUAACAUUAAUAACUAAGAGAACCUGAAAUCUAAGAUUAAUCACAUGUUAUAAUACCUAAAACAACUUCUAAAAAUAUUCCUCUCUUUGUUUAACCAAAUAGUUGUAGACGUACUUCAGAUAAUCUCGUAAGAUUCAAAACAGAAACAGACUCCAAUAAUAAUUUGCUCUCUAUUAAAAAAAAUCCUAUUUAUCUUAGAAGGGCCAGUUCAAAAACUUAAGCAGAUUAGAGUCACGAUCUAUAACCUAAAGAAUGAGAAUCAAAUCUAAUUAUCUGAUAUGGGUUUUUGUAUUAUUAAC